AUGAACAAAAACGGAACAGCUAAAAUGAAUGAUAAUCAAAUUAGAGCAGAAGGUAGAAGGUUAUUUAAACGCUUCUAUAACAUUCCUGAUGGUGCUAAUCCUAAAACUCGUAGAAGCUAUUUAAAUGAAGCAAUAGAUGCAUAUGAAGGGUUUGACAUUUCAUCAGAAAGUGAGAGAUUAGCGAGAAUGUUAAAUGUUAAUAUUGAUUUCUAUUAUUGUGAUCCUCAACCAGAAGACGUGGACAUAAAUAAGGUAGACUUUCCAUUAGUGGAAUCAAUAAUGAUAGAUCCAGAAUUUGAAACAGUAAAUAUUUUAUUAACACAGAGUCCAUGUGGAAAACUUCACGCUGACAGAAUAACAGACGUUGAAGCACUCACCGGCUAUAAAGUUUGUCCAUAUUGUAAAGAAAAAGUUUAUUCUAUCCGCGAUGAUCCAGAAAGGAAAAACCAAAGAAGAUUUUUAAAGCAUUGUGAGAAAUGUAAAGAAAAUAAUGGAAGAUUAAUUCAAGACGUUCAAUUGCAAAAAACCCAGCAACCAUAUGCACCACAUAUUAUGAAACAGAAGAUAUAUCAGUGGUUAUUAGCUCACAAUUUGCAGGAAUAUUAUAAACCGACAAGAUAUUAUAUUACUUUUGACUUUGAAACAUUAGAGACUAAAGAAGAAUUACAACUUUCUGAGUGUGCAACUUUGAAUGCUUACUUAAAACCAUUCAUGGUAUCAUCAACGGUUAAAUUAAAUGAUAAAACAUAUACGAGGAAUUUUUGCUUAACUUCAAGUGAUUCUUUUAUUUCUGAUUGGAUUGAGUUUUUAUUUUCAACCUGUUCAUUAGUUGUUGAAUCAAAUAUGAGUCAAUACAAUGAAUUAUUGUUGUCCCUUACAUUAAAUGAAAAACAGAAGGAAGCAUUUAAAGAACUUCUAGAUGAGGAAUUUAAUAAAGUGAAUAUCAUAGGUUUUAAUUCGGGAAAGUUUGAUUUAAAUUUAAUUCUUCGUGAUUUAAACACUGCAAAAUGGAAAAUAAAAUCAAUGCUGGGUUCAUCUUCACAAUUUAAGCAAAUCAUUGUAAAGAAAACAAACGUUCCAUAUGAAUUGAGAUUUAUUGACAUCAGAAAUUAUAUAGCGGGUGGAACAUUGGAUCAAUUCACUCAAGAUUUCGGAAACAAUAAAUCACGUGUUAAAUCCUUUUUCCCUUAUCAAUUCAUCACAUGGGAGAAUUACGAAGAAGAAUUAUAUAAAGUGGAACCAUUCACUCAAGAUUCAUUUUAUUCAGCAUUAACUCAAGAAACUAUAUCAGAUAGUGAUUAUCAAAUAUAUCUCAAUGAUGCUAAAAAUUUUAAGAAUAGAUUAGAAUAUUUUAUUCAUUAUUGCAAUAAAGAUGUUGAAAUUAUGAUUGACCCAAUUGAUAAAAUUAUUGAAGAAACAUUU